AUGAGCAACCCAAUAUUUUCCUUCUUCUCAUCUUCAUUGUUCAUGCCAGUUCUCCUCUUCCUCGCGAUCUCUUUUACGUUAACCUCAUCAUCUUCAGUUCACGGGGACCGCUUUCUCAGGAGAGGCUCCGCCCUCUCUGUUGAUGAUCCGGAUGACGUCCUGAGUUCCCCAAAUGGUACCUUCUUCGCUGGGUUUCACCCAGUUGGCCGUAAUGCAUACUCAUUUGCUGUAUGGUUCACUAACCGAUCCUGCAUGCUUGACUGCAUCGUUUGGAUGGCAAAUCGAGACGAACCAGUCAACGGCAAACACUCAAAGAUCAUCCUCGACAAGCAUGGAAAUCUUUUCUUGACUGAUGCCAGCCACAGGGUUGUCUGGUCCACGGACAUAGCCUCAUCUUCAUCAGCCACCUAUGUUGGGUUGCACCUUCUCGACUCUGGAAACCUCAUACUUCGUAGCUCUGGCCCUAGGCCAAGAGAUGAUACAGUCAUGUGGCAGAGCUUUGAUCACCCAACUAAUACGCUUCUCCCUGAACAGAAGUUCACCCGAUUUACCGAGCUUGUCUCGUCCAGAUCCAGUGGAAAUAUCUCCUCAGGCUACUACAAAUUCUAUUUUGACAAUGAUAACGUCCUCCGGCUCCUCUACAGUGGCCCUGAGAUCUCAAGCGUAUACUGGCCCGAUCCUGCCCUACUCCCUUGGGAAAGCGGGAGGACCACAUACAAUGAUAGUCGGGUUGCGUUGCUAGACUCUCUUGGCAACUUCACCUCAUCCGACGAUUGGAAAUUUUUGGCUUCUGAUUAUGGGGAGUUGCUAUUGAACGGACGUGCCUCGGCCGCUGAUCCUGGGAGCAUCUAUUUCAGGUUGCCCAAAGCCAUACUGUCCUCUGACCAACUCCAGCAGGAAUCUUCCACCUUAAAUUGCUCACACAGUCCGAAGGAUGUUGAGCUACAGAGAGUAUAUUCCAGAAGCCAUAAGAGUGAGUUGCUGUUGAAGAUUCUGCUGAUUUUGGCAGUGGUGAUUGCAGGAUUUGAGGCCCUAGGGGUACUCCUUGUGCUAUGUUUUGUAACCGGGACACGGAAAACGAAAGAUGAAGCCAGGCAGGGGUAUCAUCUUGCUGCUCUGGGAUUCAAAAGGUACACAUACGCCGAGCUCAGAAAGGCUACUCGGAAUUUCACAGAAGAAAUUGGAAGAGGGGCCGUAGGGAGCGUUUACAGGGCAAUCCUGUCGGGUGAUCGGGUUGUAGCGGUGAAGCGGCUUAAUGAGAUGAGCCUUCACGGAGAGGAGGAGUUCCUCGCGGAGGUGAGCAUGAUUGGGAAGCUCAAUCACAUGAACCUGAUUGAGCUAUGGGGCUACUGUGCUGAGGGGAAGCACCGCCUUCUAGUCUAUGAGUACAUGGAGCACGGCUCAUUGGCUGAGAACCUAUCCAAAGGCACACUAGACUGGGGAAAGAGGUUUGCUAUUGCAGUCGGGGCGGCGAGGGGACUUGCCUAUUUACAUGAGGAGUGCUUGGAGUGGGUCUUGCACUGUGACGUGAAACCUCAGAACAUACUUUUGGACUUGAAUUACCAACCCAAAGUGGCAGACUUUGGGCUCUCCAAGCUUCUAAACCGCGGGGACGUAAAACAUUCAAGUUUCUCUAAGAUUAGAGGGACUCGGGGCUACAUGGCAUCGGAGUGGGUUUACAACCUAUCAAUCACGUCCAAGGUUGAUGUGUACAGCUAUGGGAUUGUACUGCUAGAGAUGGUCACAGGGCGGAGCCCGGGGGGAGGUGUGCCGGAUACCAGCGCUGGAGGCGAGACAGAAAACCGAGGGCUGACUUCUUGGGUGAAACAAAAGAUGAACGGAGAAGUUCCAACAGCGACAAGGAUCGAAGAGAUUGUUGAUCACUCCAUAGAAGGUGGAUAUGAUGUGAAGAAGGUCGAGGUUCUGGUCGCAGUGGCCCUUCAUUGCGUUGCAGACGACAAAGAUGACAGACCCACAAUGAGCCAAGUUGUCGAGAUGCUCCAUCGCUGUACAAAUGAGGCUGAAAUCUAG